AGCAGCGAUAGACACCUCUGGAACCUUCUCUCGACGCGCAGCGACGCUGUCAUUGGUCAGCCGCGGCAGCCCUCGCAAAGGCUGGCGCCCUGGAAAGUUCGGGCGGACACACAAAAGGCUUCAGCGCCAGUUCCACCAAAGCGCACACUUUAACCCACCCUAGCCGCAUACGCCUUGUCUGUUGCUUGCACCAAACACUUUUCUUUGUCUUUCCUCUUCAAUACGCUCUUGUCGCGCCGACACCGCUCUCCAGCUCGCUCCCCUUAUCUCACGCCCAAACCUGUUCGCAAAGGUAUGUACUCUCUGCCCUUUCUGCUCCCGUCGCCCCCUCGCAGAUGCCUCCAUGACAUAAGACAAUCUCAGCCCGUCUCUUCGGCCGCCGAUUGGCCCUUACGUUUGACGCACUCGCAACCAACUCUGCCCUCCGCCACCCUUCACGCUGAAUCUGCAACGCUGCCUUCGUCAUAGUCUUUUAAAGUAGACUCGGCGCUGUGUGUACGGCCUCGAAACCUCAUACAAACUUUGAACAAGCGAAAAAAUUGACCCGCGACACAAACACACACACACAUACACAAACUCUCAGGUCGUGGCUUCGGAGCAAAGUACAAGCCCGUGUCACGUUUAGUCUCUCUUCCCCCUUCCGUCUCUUCCACAUUUCCUCUCUACCUUUAUACCUCGAGUUUUUCAAACACAUUUCACAAUGGUCAAAGACACAAGCUACUACGACUGCCUCGGGGUGCCCCCAGACGCGACCGAGGCGCAACUUAAAUCAGCUUACAAGAAGGGUGCCUUGAAAUUUCACCCAGACAAGAACAAGAGCCCUGAAGCUGAGCAGAGAUUUAAAGAGAUUUCAGAAGCAUAUGAAGUCCUCUCAGACCCAGGCAAGCGCCAGCUAUAUGACCAGUACGGUAAGGAGGGUCUAGAGCAGGGUGGUAUGGGUGGUGGAGGCAUGGCCGCCGAAGACCUGUUCGCGCAGUUCUUCGGAGGUGGCGGUGCCUUCGGAGGCAUGUUCGGUGGUGGCAUGCGAGGCGAGCCUGCGAUAAAGAAGGCGCGCACAAUCUCGCACGUGCACAAGGUCAGCCUUGAGGACAUCUACAAGGGCAAGGUGUCGAAACUCGCGCUUCAGAAAUCGGUCAUCUGCCCCAAAUGUCACGGCAUUGGUGGCAAGGACGGCGCAGUUAAGAAGUGCCCUGGCUGUGACGGUCGCGGCAUGAAGACAAUGAUGCGUCAGAUGGGUCCGAUGAUCCAACGAUUCCAGACUGUUUGCCCAGAUUGCCAGGGUGAAGGCGAGAUCAUUAAGGACAAGGAUCGAUGCAAGCAGUGCAACGGCAAAAAGACGAUCGUCGAGCGGAAGGUACUUCAUGUACAUGUUGACCGAGGUGUACGCGCCGGCACCAAGAUCGAGUUCAGAGGCGAGGGCGACCAGUUGCCAGGAGCUGAACCUGGCGACGUCGUCUUUGAGAUUGAACAGAAACCACAUCCUCGCUUCCAGAGACAAGACGAUGACCUGAUCUAUCAGGCCGAGAUCGACUUGCUCACGGCGCUUGUCGGCGGCAGAUUAUACAUUGAGCACCUUGACGACAGGUGGCUUGACGUUGAGAUUAUCCCCGGAGAAUGCAUUGCACCAGGCGCUGUCAAGGUGGUCCGAGGCCAGGGUAUGCCUUCUUUCCGACACCACGACUAUGGCAACCUUUACAUCAAGUUCGAUGUCAAAUUCCCUACCCGGAUCAGCGGUCCAGACGGCGAGUCCAUGACUCCAGAGCAGGUCAGGGCCCUCGAGUCGGUACUUCCACCACGCAUUCAACCGCAACUUCCGCCACCGGAUGCCAUGAUCGAGGACUUCCUACUCGACGAGUACGAUCCUCAGCGUGACGGCGGCAGACGGGGCAUGAACGCCAUGGAUGAAGACGAAGACGAUAUGCAUCCGGGCGCCGAACGCGUGCAGUGCGCGUCGCAGUAAGCUACUGAGCCUUCCUUGGAGCGGCAGGCUUACAUCCAACGGCCGAGGAAUCGAAAAAGAUUACAUGAUUGAAAUGAAAAAAAGACGAGUACGAGGGUGUAUGAAAGAAUCAUGGGAAUUUCGGCUAGCAUAUUUGUAAGCGAAAGAGUUAUGCAUCCUCCUCCGUUACCACCUCCUGGUACUGCUUGCUGGAAGUGCGUGCAGAGCUUGAUACACCUUAGACCAAGUCACGAAAGUCCGACGGGUGCAGCGGGCCUCUUUGGAUUUCCGACUGGGAAACGGGGUUAUAGGCGUUUGUACUUGGGUGUGCACGUGCGACGGGCCUUAUACACGGAAGUUGGCCUCCGCUUCCUCAUCUUGCUAGUUAUCAUUUGACUUUUCGCGAUAGACCACGAAGUUUUUUUGCCUCUACAUCGUUCAUGUCCAUUUCAUUUCCCCAGAAAGCUUUCACGGACUCGCGCGAUAGCUUUGCCCGCUAUGGCGGUCCUGAGAACUUGGGGAAACGAGGACUAAGUUGCCGAAUAUGGCGGGUUGCAUGUGUGCUAUACGCUUUAGGUAGCUCAUAAUACGGGUUGUGUCUGCCUGUCGA